UCGGUCGGGACAGCACGCGCCGAGGGAGGGCCGCCUCACCGUCGCUGCCGCAUACGCCGCAGAGGCCACAGACGCCGCCGCCGCCGCAGACGCAGACGCUGGUGAGAGGUCUCGCGCGGGAGUGGCCGCCGAUCGUCGCGAAGCCAUGUCCGUGACGGGGGCCGCCGGCGCAUCCCUCUGAGCCGCCCUCUGGUGAUGGACUUCCGCGCCGCAGCCGCCGCCCUGCCGCCGCCCGCCGCCCACAUGGCCGCCAUGUUCACCCAGCCGCCCGCGCUGCCACCGCCGCCGCCGCCGCCGCCGCCGCCCACGCAGAGCGGCAUGUUCCUGUAUCCAGGUCUCUCGUCGCCGGUGAAGCCGCCGUCGCACCUGCUGCCGUCGCACAAGGUCUCGCGCAAUACGGCGACGGUGCCGCCGCUACUGCAGACGUCGACGCCGACGCCGACGUCGGCGCACCAGGCCAGCUCGGCCGCCUCGCAGACCUCCAGUUUCGCCGCCGCGCUCAAGUCGCUGGCACGGAACGCCGGCGGCACAGACGCCAAGGAGGCGACGACCAAGUCCCGUGACGCGCCAGUCAUGAGUCCCAAACGCGUGCCGCUGCACGUGCCGCGUGCACCGCACACGGACAACCCGCCGCCGGUGGUGGCCAUCGCGCCCACACCCACCCACCAGCGCCGGGAGUCGGCGGCCGUGACCAGCGCCUCCGACAUCACCAAGCUGUCGCCGGAGGUGACCUCGCAGCUGUCGGCCGCCGCCGGCGCCGACGCCCUCUCGCGGGCCGGCUUCCAGCCGUACCGGCCCGACGAGCGGCUGCUGGAGUCGCUCUACCCGGGCUACGCGCCGUCCAGCCUGUACCCGGGCCUGCCGCGCACCGGCUACCCACCCCGCCGGCCGGAGGAGCGCUACCUCGAGUCGCUCUACCCGCUGCAGCCCGUCCAGCACCCGCUCUACGGGCUGGAGGAGCAGCUGUACCUGGAGCGGCUGGGUCUGCUGCGUCCGUCACUGGGCGUGGCCGGCCUGUCGGCCUACUCGCCGCUGCUCUCGGCCGCGCGCUAUCCGCCGGAGCUGCUACACUCGCCGCUUUACAUGUCCCAAUCGCUCUACCUGCAGGAGAGACUGAAGCUGGAGGAAGACACACGACGCAAGUUGGAGACCGAGCGCGAGCGGUCGCGCGAACCCGGCUCGCAGACGGUGGCGCCCACUGUGCGGGAGCGCAGCCCGGUGCGGCCGGCCACCACCACCACCGCCACCACCUCCUCCUCCGGCGCCGUUCCCUCCGAGCUGAGGAACGGCACGUCCCGCGGCCGCUCCUCGCCCGCCGAGCGGCGCUCCGCCAGCUCCGGCGAGCAGCAGACCUCGCCGGCCGCGUACCGGCCGUACCUGUCAUCACCGGUGCAACGGACGGCCGCGCGCGAGCCGCCGCUCGACCUGCGCACCGGCGGCGACGCCGGCGCGCGCAGCAACGGCGCGCGCCACGGCGCGGCGCUCGGCAAGCCGCGCUCGCACAAGAAGACGACCGUAGUGCGGCCGUUCGAGGACACGGCCCCCGCCCGGCACGCCGACCCGCCGGCGGACGCGCCGCUCAACCUAAGCGAGCGCGGCGGCCGCGCCGACGCCACCGAGCCGCUGACGAGCACGCUGGACCGCCGCGAGCAGCUGCACAGACAGGGCAUUCACCCGGACGAAGCGGAGCCGAUCGUGCGCCACCUGGACCUGCUGACCGGGCCGCCGUGCAAGACGGUCACGUCGCCGGAGAAGCUGCAAUUCCUGGCGCACGUUGGUCUCACCACGCACAGCUACAGGAACGACGUGGAACUGAAGAACGGCAGCGGCUCCUCGGCUAGCGGCGGCUCCACCUCGUCCGGCGGCGGCUCGUCCGGCUCCGGCGGCUCGUCCAACUCGCAACGCAAGUCAGGCAUGCAGGCCGUCACCCAGAUGUACACCGUGUAUAAUAAAGAGCGGGCGGCGGCCGCCGACCAGGCGCGUCGCACACAAGAGCGGCUGCGCGCGCAGCAGGCCCGCCUGGAGGAGACGUCACGCGGCCUGGCGCUGCGCCUCAACCGCCAGGUGGCCUACCGCAGCUUGCAGUGGCGCCAGCGCGAGGCCAUCCAGGAGCAGCUGGACCGGCUCGGCGCGCUCGUCCGGGCGCUGCCGACGCGCGCGCGUCGGAAACACUAG